AAAUAGCAAACAACGUCUGGAGUUUCAGUGUUUUCCAGAAUUUCGAAACGACUACGUGUCGGAACAUAUUUUAAUUCGCAUUAUUUUAUUUUUCUAAGACGGAAACAAGUACAACUUCAAAGCAUCCAUCAAGAUGCAAAUUUCAACAAUUUUCAUCCUGAUAUCCUUGUGCUCGUGUACAUGGGCCCAGUACCGAUCAUCGAUAUCAAUACCACCGACUGAAAAACGUUUGGUCUGUUACUAUGAUUCGGCCAGUUCGGUUAAAGAAACUCUCGCAAAAAUGUUCAUCGACGAAUUGGAGCCGGCUUUUCAAUUUUGCACCCACAUUGUCUAUGGUUUUGCUGGCAUCGAACGGGAUACCUUUAAGGCCAAGAGUCUGAAUGAGAAUUUAGAUUUAGAUUUGGGUAAAGGCCUUUAUCGCAAAGUUAACCGCCUCAAACGCAAAUAUCCCCAUGUUAAGGUAAUGCUGAGUGUGGGUGGUGAUCGCGAUGUAGAUGCCAACAAUGGUGGUAAGGAAGUGCCGAAUAAAUAUUUGGAACUAUUGGAAUCGGCAAUUGGACGUCAACGUUUCAUUCGGAGCAUCUAUGCCACUCUCAAGAGUUAUGGUUUCGAUGGUGUCGAUGUGGCUUUCCAAUUCCCAAAAAAUAAACCCAAAAAGGUUCAUGGUGUCUUUGGUAGCAUUUGGAAGCGCAUAAAGAAGACAUUUUCCGGUAGUUUUGAUGUGGAUUCAAAUUCCGAGAAACACAAGGAACAAUUCAGUUCCUUGAUACGUGAAUUGAAAACUGAAUUACGUACGGAUAACUAUUCGUUGUCGGUCACCGUUUUGCCAAAUGUUAAUUCAACGAAAUUCUUCGACAUUGGCCUGCUGGAUAGUUAUGUGGAUUUCAUUAACUUGGCUGCCUUUGAUUUUUAUACCCCUGAACGUAAUCCCCAGGAGGCGGAUAUAACGGCACCCCUCUAUCCAAUGAGUGGUCGUAGACCUGAAUUCAGCAUUGAUUUUGUGGUCCAAACUUGGUUAAGCAAAGGUUUCCCCAGCUCGAAAAUUAAUUUGGGUAUUAGCACCUAUGGUCGCCCAUGGAAGAUGUCUGCGGACUCUGGUAAAUCGGGUGUGCCACCAAUUGCCAAUGUGGAAAAUGAAGCUGCCAAGGGGGAAAAUGCUCAAAUCCAAGGAUUAUACAGUUGGCAGGAAGUGUGCGGAAUGUUGCCGAAUGCAAAUAACAUGUAUAUUAAGGAGGGACCCAAUGCUCCAUUGACAAAAGUAAUGGCUGAUCCUGCUAGAAAAAGUGGAGUUUAUGCUUAUCGCGCUGCUAAUAAGAAAAAGAAUUUCGAUGGUCUUUGGAUUUCAUAUGAAGAUCCAGAGACGGCCGCAGCAAAGGCUGCUUACACGAAGAAUCUGAAUUUGGGCGGUGUGGCUUUAUUCGAUUUAGAGUUCGAUGAUUUCCGCGGCCUUUGCAUGGGUGAAAAAUAUCCCAUCUUGAGAGCCAUUAAAUAUCGUUUGUUGCACUAAAAUGUAAAAUAGAAAAAUAUUAAUAAAAACAAGAUCAGAUAACAA